GUAAGCAGCGUUACCAGAGGGAGAUGAGAAGCGAUUGCAGAGGGCUCGGUAUCCUAGCAACAUCCCUUGCAGUCGCCUAAUGGCAUUUUGGAGGAGCAGCGGCUCCAGAGCGGCUGAAGUGAGGGAAUGAGGGGCAGGAGCGCAGCGGAGCUCCGCAGCCCGGCCUGAGCGCCCGGCGCUGCCGCUUCCAGGCAGGACCAGGGGGCGAGAGCGCGUGUCUCACCUUCAGGAGAUGGCCUCUUCUAAGUCUUUGAUGAACCUUCUGACCUUCACUUUUGGCUCAGCAAUAGGAUUUUUCGUCUGCUAUCUUUUGUUUAGCAUUAUACUAGAAGAACAGGUUAAAAUCCAGCCUCAUGUCCUUCACAAUGAUCCACAUGGUCAACACUUAGCAGAUAUUGACAACAAUCAGCUGCAAGGACAAAUGAAUUUCAAUGCAGAUGCUGGACAGCAUAAAGAUGAGGAUAAAAAUAUUGCAGAAGGACUGUAUCACAAGGUGAAAAUACUGUGUUGGGUCAUGACUGGGCCUCAAAAUCUAGAAAAGAAAGCCAAGCAUGUUAAGGCCACUUGGGCCCAACGCUGUAAUAAAGUACUUUUUAUGAGCUCUGAGGAAAAUAAAGACUUCCCAACUGUGGGCCUAGAAACCAAAGAAGGCAGGGAUCAACUGUACUGGAAGACUAUUAAAGCUUUUCAAUAUGUAUAUGACAAUUAUUUUGAUGAUGCUGAUUGGUUUAUGAAAGCAGAUGAUGAUACAUAUGUUAUAUUGGACAAUUUGAGAUGGCUUCUUUCAAAAUACAGUCCUGAACAACCAAUAUACUUUGGAAGAAGGUUUAAGCCUUAUGUGAAGCAGGGCUACAUGAGUGGAGGGGCAGGGUAUGUUCUGAGCAAAGAAGCUCUGAAGAGAUUUGUUGCUGCAUUUAAAACGAACAAAUGCACUCACAGCUCCUCUAUUGAAGAUCUGGCGCUAGGAAAAUGCAUGGAGAUCAUCAAUGUGGAAGCAGGAGAUUCUAGGGAUACAAGUGGUAGAGAAACCUUUCAUCCAUUUGUUCCAGAACAUCAUUUAAUCAGAGGAUACCUACCAAAAACAUUCUGGUACUGGAAUUACAAUUACUAUCCUGCUGUAGAGGGUCCUGGAUGCUGCUCUGAUCUAGCAGUUUCAUUCCACUAUGUUGACUCUGUGACUAUGUAUCAUUUGGAAUAUUUGAUUUAUCAUCUUCGUCCAUAUGGUUAUUUGUAUAGGUACAAUCCUGAUUUGUCAAAGAAUCCAGAAGAGCAGAGCAAAAAUGGAGCAUUGGAGGAUAAUCAAAAGCUAAAGCAGAAAAUUUCAGAGAGCUAAUUGGACUUUGAAAAAACCAAAGAGAAGCCAGUAUAAUGAGUAGGAAUCUCCUCAAACUUGUGCAUGAAGCUUGUGGACUGAAAUUACUCCUGGCAGUUCUUAUUUCAAAAAUCAAGUUGGCAGCACUUCUUGUCACCCUGUGGACAACAGAGUCUGGUGCUGGCUCUGACUGCUUGGGAUAGGGUGACCUUGCAGCCCUGCUUACAAAGAUUUGGGGCCCUAAAGCUGUGAAGUUGAAGAUUGCUCUGGUACAAUAUCUGGAAGAAUUUGUGUAAAAACCAUAGUGGACAGGUUCACAGAUGAUCGUACAGUAUUUCUGUCCCUUUUUCUGUUCUCCUUUAUUUCCUUUCCAUUAAGUCAGUUCUAAUAUUAGAAUUGGAUGCUGCCCAGUCGAACACUUUAUGAUGCCUUUCUGAAGUAUUCUCAACAUCUUGAAGUUACUUUGUGUACCUUGCCCUAAAAGUAAGGCAGAGACAUGGAAUUAGAGUCUCCAAUCUGCUUUGCCUUAACAACAGAGUGGCAGAAUUUCACCCACAAGAUUUAUGUGAAUUGUUUCAGAAACAGAAUUCACUGCUAUGAAUUACUUACAAAGUUUUAAAUUCUGUUGUGCAAAACAAUAUGAAGUUCUUGGGGAGGAAUAUCUGGAGAGAAACCUGAAACACUUACUGUUGUUCAAAUUGCUGAGGUGAUGCAAGCUGCUUACAUAUUUGCCUGUGGCUUUUUUUUCCCCCUUUUGUUAACUUAUCCUUUUGGUUGAAUGGAUAUAAAAAAUCAUCUUAGCAUUUCUCAGCAUAAGGUAGAUGUUUUUGAAAAUCCAGUUCUGUCUUCCAUCCCACCUGCCACAUAAACUAGGAAGAACAGUAUCUUAGUGAAGUUGCAUUGUAACAACUUGUUUUCAGCCGCAAUUUUAAUUAGUUUGUUUCUGUUUUAAUUUUCACUAGAGACUAAAAUUUUCAGAUACAGAAAUGUCCUAUUUUAAAACUGCACCAAAGCCAGUUUAUUUGGUUGAAGUACUUAAUUUCACUCUUCUGAACAUUUUUUCUUCCACUUUAAAAAAAAAAAAUUCUGUAUCUGCUUCUUGUUAUCUUUUUCAGUACAAAGUGUUAAAUUAUAUUUUUCACUGUUUUUGAAGCUGAAGUACGUAGCUAUUCAGGUAAGUAAGCCUGAAUGCAGCAAUCUUUCAAAGUGCAUUAACUUUCUCCACUACUUCAUAAGUAUCUCUGCCUUUUAACUGGAAACACUUUCUUGGUGUGGGACAAAAGAGGUGUUUUAAUUACUGAUUUUUUUUUCAGAGGCCAAAUGUAUGUUUUAUAGAGUUAAUAUGAAACUUUCUGGUUUUCUUCUUUUCAAAUUGAGUCAAUAGCAGUAUGGGGAAUGGGAAUUUAAGCAUGACAUGUGUUUUUAUUCCACACUUG